UAAAUAGCCGAUUUUAUUUGUUGUUUCAGAUGAAAUGGUUUUUUAUAUAACAACUGGCAAACAGCUGAUGUAACUUCAUUUAUAAUCAUGGCCGAUUAUUGGAAAUCAUUACCGAAAAAAUAUUGUGAUUUUUGUAAAUGUUGGAUUACCGACAAUAAAGCUAGUCGAGACUUUCAUGAAAGAGGAUUUCGUCAUCAAGCAAAUGUUCGUCGUAGAGUUCAUGAUAUCCAAAAAAACAGUACCAUUCAAGAACGUGAAAGACAAAAAUAUCAAAAUGAAAUGCUUAAAAUUGAAGCUGCUGCAUUGAAAUCAUUCCAAGCGAAUGAUGUUUCUCGUGACCCAUCAUUAACGUCUGAAUUCGCAACAACCAAAUCGAUAUCAUCACAAAUUAUUCGUCCAUCAAGUAGUACAAGUAAAGUUAUUUCGACCAACAGAUUUGGCGAGGAUUUCGGUGAUGCUGAAUCGCAAACUUUGGCGAAUGGUAAACGACGUGCACUCGAAACUAUAGCCAAAUCAUUCGAAAAGAAAAGUAAAUGGCUGGAAGCAAAAACUUCAGACGGAGAUUCCUAUUAUUGGAACAAAGAAACAAUGGAAACACGAAAAGAUCCACCCAAAUCUGGAUUUCUAAGUAUAAUUGAACAAGAACAGCUUAAAAUGGCUACGCAACAGUCUGGUACUUCUAAUACAGAUGAUGAUGAUGUUAAAUCCGAAGUUUAUCGAAUUGAUCCGUAUGGUGGAUGGAAAACCAUUGAAAAAUAUGAUACAUCCAAAAUGGUUGAUCUACAAUUGCCUGGACAAGAUGUUGCUCAAAUUGUAGCCGAAAUCGAACAAACUAAACAAGAAGAAGAACGUGAAUCACGUGAAGGAAAACGCCCUGCAUUUGAAUUCCAAGAGCGAACUGUCGAAAGUUUGGAUACAAAAAAAUCGAAAAAUGAUAAAACUAUAAGCAUCGGUUUCAAGCAACGAAAGCAAAAGCAAACUAAUCAACGAAAUAUUCGUAAUCAAAUCAAUGAUGAUUAAUAAUGAUUUUCAUCAAUUUUUUCAUCCAUA